AUGCUUUCCUCUGAUAUUUUAACUGCUAAUCGCUUAGAGUGUAAAAUGACUGAUUCUAAAGAAACUGCUGUUACGGCCUACAACUUGGUGGUAUCAUGCAUUGGGCUCAAGCAGCUCCCAGAGCGAGCACACUACAUGGCCGUCGCCCUAUCUCUUCUAUAUAUUUUGGACUCCCGGGGGCUCAGCAGCUUCUCGAACAUCUGCAAGGAUCAUCCACAAAUCUUCACCAUCCUCGUUAAUUCCAUUCUUGAUUCAAAGAAAUCUGGUUCCUUGGCCGUGCUUGCGCUGCGAGUUCUCUUCUUUGCGAUAAAUUGCCCCGAAACUGCACAUAUAUUUUGCAAAGAUAACUAUCACUUCCUUGAAAACCUCAUCCACUUGUCAGAGAACCCACAGACAGAUCCCAACAUCGCUCAAAUGCAAGUGGUUACGUUUAGCCCCACUGCACUUACUAACACCAACCCUUCAGAUGGGUCCCUACUCCUGACCCUGCAGGAUCCUCUGCUGUCUGCAACCUUUGUAAGUACUCGAUAUACUCUGGACCCAGCCAGCUGCUGGGGCUGCGAUAUGCUGUCCGACGCUUCAGCGGCUAUCAUUGCGCAUCUUGCACUCGUUAGCCCUCUCGCUCGGCGAAUAUUUAUCCUGAGCCCCUGCAACGGGCUGCUUGCUCACAGUCUCGCAAAUGCGUCGUUUCUAGAGCUAGCUUCUCCGUCACGUCUCAUUCACCUCCUGGACGCAUUGUUCUACAUGGGUAGCAUGAGUGCUUCGCAGGAAGCAGCGGUACAAUUUCAGGACUUUAUUUGCAAACACAAUCUAAAGAACAUGGCCAUCAAAUUGGGCAAUCUGAUAUUUCUUAAUAACAUACAUUGGUAUCUAUUGUAUCAACACACGGAUGUACAAGUUAAAAAGGCUGGCUCUGGGAUUUAUAGCCUCGAGACCCGGCAAGUCAUCUAUGACUCAGAUGAUCUUUUUUUGUUGAAGCAACAAUUAAUACGCUUCCUAAGAUUGCUUUUUAAAAUCGCCGACUACUAA